AUGGCAUCUAGACCACCAUCUCCCCUGCCUCUUCGGCAGUUUCCAUCAUCAGGCUUCAUCAAGCUUGACCCCAAGGAGAAGAUCGAAGAAGAAAAUCUUCCUUUCUAUGCCUCAGAUAUAUACUACCCUGUAUAUAUUGGUGAAGUCUUCGCAUCGCGAUACCAGGUCGUUUCUAAGCUGGGAUAUGGGAUGUCUUCUACCGCUUGGCUUUGUCGUGACCUCUAUGGCCAUGGCUUUAAUACACUGAAAGUCGGUAUCCGCGGCCAGCGACAAGACCACGAGUUGGCGGUCUCGGACCACUUAAAACAAAUUAGCAAUCACUCUAGCAAGAGUCUGGUGCGUCUUAUUCUCGAUUCAUUCGAGAUUUCUGGUCCCCACGGACAACAUACUUGCAUUAUAUACGAGGCACUUGGUAUGAGUUUUGCGGAUUUCCAAGAGCUGUUUCCCAACCGCAAGCUACCAGAGGAUCUGCUCCAAAGAAGUUUGCAGCUUAUUUUGAUAUCUGUGGCUUUUAUUCACGAGAAUGAUAUCGUGCAUACUGAUAUUUCGCCAAAUAACAUUUUGCAAGGGAUCAAAGAUUUAUCGAUUCUCGACCAGAUUGAAGAAGGCGAAUUAAAAAUGCCAAUUGCAAGAAAGGUUCUAGACGAUAGCCGUCAGCUUUACUUCUCUCGACCAGUGCCUAUAGCUACGGGGUUGCCCGUCCUUUCUGACUUUGGUGAAGCUAGAAUUGGUAAAACUAAACAGCGAGGCGAUGUGAUGCCAGGCAUCUACCGAGCUCCAGAGGUUAUUUUAGAAAUGGAAUGGAAUGAGAAAAUUGAUAUCUGGUCGAUAGGUGUCAUGGCAUGGGAUAUGGCCUUUGGCCGCCAUCUUUUCUUCGCUAAGAAAGAAGGCAUCCUCAAUGAUGAACAACAUCUAGCAGAGAUGACAUCACUGAUAGGGCCUCCACCUCCUGAGUUUCUCCAAAGAAGCGCAAAAUCACACCUUUAUUGGGAUAGUGAUGGUAUCUCUAACCGCUUCUAUAUAUUUGCUAGAGAAUCUAACAAGCAUAUAGGAAAUUGGAAAGGCUCUCUGCCCCUGCCAGAGCAAUCGUGGGAAUUGCGCGCCCAGCAUUAUUGUGGUGUCGACAAGGAGCUUUUUCUAGGCUUCUUGAGGAGAGUUUUAUGCUGGUUACCCGAAGCUCGGCCUUCCGCGGAAGAACUUGCUUACGACGAAUUCUUGAUGCAGCCAUUGUUACGGGAAUAA